AUGCAGUCUCUGUUCGGCGGCGGCGGGGAGCUGGAGCUGCUGGGGGGAGGCGGCGACGGCGGCGGCGGCCUGAAGGAAGAUGGCUGCGGCAGCGUGGUGUGGCGCUCCUCACCCCUCCACCCCGAGGACGUGUACUCCGCCUCCCACUUCACCCUCAUCACGGCCUAUCAGGACAUCAAGACCAGGCUGGCCGGCCUGGAGCGGGAGAACAGCAGCAUCAAGAGGAAGCUCAAGAUCUAUGAGAUCAAGUUCCCGAUGAUCAACGAGUUCGGGGAGGACACCAACUCGUACUGCUCCUUCGAGAGCAAGGAGACGGCGCUGCUGCACUCGGAGAACGGGAACCUGCAGCAGAGAGUCAACGUCCUGGGCCACGAGCUCCAGAAGAGGAAGGAGAGGGAGGAGCAGCUGGAGGACGUGAUCCAGGCCUACGAGAAGAUCCACAUGGAGAAGAGCAACCUCCAGAGGGACCUCGACAAGAUGACGAGCCUGGUGGAGAAGCACGUGGAGCGAAUCCUCAACCUGGAGUCGGUUCUGAGGCAGAGAGAGAACUCGCUGCAGAAGAUCAACAUGCAGCUGCACAGCAAAGACAUGCAGUACCUGCAGCUGCACGCCGGCCCGGACGCACACUUGCUGGACUGUCCCGCCCUGACCCUGCAGAGCAGCCGCAGCCUGGACGCCCUCUCCGACCUGAAGCUGCAGCGGCUGGAGGCCGAGCUGGAGGGGGCGCGGCACCAGGCCCAGGGGGCGUGUCAGCGGGAGGAGGAGCUGAAGGCCGAGUGCGAGCGGCUGAAGGAGGAGACGAGACAGCUGCAGAACAGCCAGAGGGAGAGGGAAAGGACUUCGCCCUGCAAGCAGUGCGAUGUGGAGUGGAUCAAGAAGGUGGGAGACGAACAGGUGAAUCUGGCUCUGGCCUACACGGAGCUGACGGAGGAGCUGGGACGGCUCCAGGCUCUGAGCUGCAAGCAGACGGAGAUCCUGAGGAAAGCGUCUCAGGAGCAGGCCAGUCCAGUUCAGCGCCCCUCCCCCAGCCACCACCAGCGCCACUCGCCAGUUUCCCAGCGCCACUCGCCCAUCUCCCAGCGCCACUCUCCGGUCCCGCCCCCCCCGCACCACUCCCCUCUCCAGCAGCGGCGCUCCCCGGUGCUGCAGCGCCUCUCUCCGGACAUGCACCGCCGCUCGCCGCUGCUGGACGUCAACAACGGGCCGGCCUCCUACUCCUGCCGGCCCCCCAGCCACCACCUGAGGGCGAGCUUCCAGGGCCGGAGGAGCUACUCCGAGGUCACCGACCCCUCGGCCUACCAGUGCCAGCAGCGCUUCACGCUGGACCCGGUCUCCACGCUGCCCAAACCCCGCCCCUACGGCGAUUACCCGAAACAGAAGCCGCAGCACGUGGGCUCUCCUCACGGGGGGCUGCAGCACCGGGGGUCCCCGUCCCCCCAUCAGGGAGGCGGCGGGGGGGACGGGGGCCACGGGGAGACCUCCAUGCGUCACUCCAGAGAGAUGCCCUUCCCUCUGUCCGAGGUGGGCCACCUUCACUUUGAGCCGCCUCCUCCUUCCACGCCGGCCCCCCAGCCCACCCAGUCCUCUGAGGACGAGGAGGAGUGGACCUGCCCGCAUCCCAGCAUCAGCCCCCCCCGGACCCUGGGGGUGCUGUCCGCCGGGUCGCCCAGCGGCGCCAUGAGGGGCCCGGCGUCCUGCUCGGCCUUCCCCAUCCCUCAGAGGCCCAACACGCUCAGCUGCCACGCCCAGCCGGGCUACCUGUCGGCCGAGCACGCCCAGUCCUGGCCCUCCAUCAACCUCUGGAUGGAGACCGAGGAGAGCGACAUGCGGAGCUGCCCUCUCUGCCAGCUGAUUUUCCCGGUCGGUUACCCUGACGAUGCCCUCAUCAAGCACAUCGACUCCCACCUGGAGAACAGCAAGAUCUGA